AUGGAUUACAGCUUAGCGGCGGUGAAGAUGCUUAUCUCCCAGCUCCGGGACGCUAAGCCGACGCCUUCGCAGAACGCCACCGCCCUAGGCGGUGUACUCUUUCAACGUGCUUGGUUACAGGUUUCUCCGAUCUAUCAUUCUCUCAUUGUCUCAGUUUGCUCAUCCCUAAGUUGCUUCGAUGACAUCGAUUCUCCGUGUUGUAAGGGCGUUUUGGUCUUCAACCCGGUCAUCUCCGGUGGCCGUAUGGUCCUAGAUGACGGGACCGGUCUCGUCGAGCUCGUCCUCUCCAGCGACUUUGCCCUCCGUCAAUGGAAAUCAGGAAUGUACCUGAUGGUUGUUGGUGUAUACCAUAUCCGUACGGGAGACAUACCUCUACUUAAGGUUCAUAAGAUGAUUGACCUUUCGGGGACCCCAGAUCGUGAAGCCAUGUGGUUUUUAGAAGUCAUGGACGCAUACAGACUCUUCUACGAGCCCUUGAUCCAAGAGUUUAGUUAA